AUCAAAGGCAUCGCGACACAGAAUCACGAAAUCGAAAUCAACAUACCAGCGUCAACGUCUCGGCGAUGGACCUGUGAUUUCCUCCACACCACGAUCUGUAUACACGCAGCUUGAGAAAUACGAGUCCUGCUUCCCCGAUGGGAGAGCCCCCGCCUACUCCGACCGCGUCUUGAGAUAUGUCCGCCAGAGUCAAGCUCCGUGACGUGUCAUCGGGGUGUGGCAGAUAGUUGACGAAAGAACCAACAAUGGCGGCCACAAGGUUCCAACCAGAGUUGCGGAAGCCAGCGGGCUCUCCGCGACCAAGAGGACGCGAAAAUGCAAAGGACACUCUUUGCAGAAAUGUACUGAUAUACGGCCAUUGUCGCUAUGAGGAUCAGGGCUGUGCCUUUAAUCAUGAUCCAAACAAGACGCUUUCUGCGCAACAAGAUUCGGGCAGAAAAUCCGCCAGGGGCAUGUUUAAUGUUGAUUCCCCUUCAUUUACUCCAUCUACACUGCCUGUAUCAUCUAGCACAGGUGCUACGAUUUCCUCUCAAGCUGCCAGUGCGGCUCCGUUUACGCCCCGUGGAUUAGCUAGUGGGACUGCUACUCCCGCCCCUCUUGAAUCUGAGCCACCGGCCUUCAAUCCGGCACAGAUUAGAGAGUUUACACCUCAAAGCUAUGAUUUAUCUCAGGCAGUUGCCACCAACGGGACAGGCACAGAAUCGCAGGUUCCAUUUGAUCCAUUUUCCAUGUCCAGCGUAGCUCAAGCUAUGCCUCCAACACCAUAUAAUCCGUAUCUCGAGGAUACGAGCAGCCUCGCCAAUAAUGGAGCAGCUUAUUACGCUGCUCAAUCGACCUACACUGCUCCGGCUCAGCCGCUCCAAUAUCACCUUUACGCUCCAAUUGGGCCACACCGGGAGGAUCUUUUAGCUUAUCAGAGACUUACUCAUGACUUCUUCAUGCCGGAGAAGCUGCGAGAAGAACUACAAAAGAAGGCCGAAGCAACACUUCAAGUCAUGCCAAACUCACAACUCCCCACCCUUGAUAACUUCCAUACCUUGGUCGCUCUGGAUACUAGCCAUCAAAAGAGUGCCACUGUUUUUGGGUUCCCCGGCUGGGUUUACAAGGCUACCUCAAGCAAGAAUGGCAAAAUGUAUUGUCUGAGGCGACUUGAAGGUUACCGUUUGACAAAUGAAAAUGCCAUUAGAUCUGUCAAGGAUUGGCGACGAGUUGACAACGGAAGUGUUGUUUCGGUCAUUGACGCGUUUACCACACGCGCCUUCGGUGACAGCUCACUCAUCUUUGUCACUGAUUACUUCCCAUUGUCCAAGACAUUGGUUGAGCACCAUUCUACCAGUACCAAUCGAUUUGGUAACCGCGUUCCUGCGGCAGUUCCAGAAAAGGUCCUCUGGGGUUACAUUGUCCAGAUUGCUUCUGCCAUCAAGUCUGUUCACGCUGCAAAUCUAGCAGUUAGGUGCAUGGACCCCAGCAAGGUCAUCCUCACGGACAAGAGUCGCAUUCGCCUCGGCGCAUGUUCUGUACUCGAUGUUGUCCAGUACGAUGCUCAGCGACCACUUGCAGAACUGCAGCAGGAAGACUUCAUCCACUUCGGAAAGCUCAUCCUGGCUGUCGGCACCAAUAACUUCUCACCGAAUAUCGUUCUAAAGAACGCUGUUGACCAAUUGGGUCGAACUUAUACCGCAGAGCUCCGUGACACUGUUGCAUGGCUCCUAACUCCCGCUCAGGCGCCGGCGGUCAAGAGCAUUGAUGAUUUCCUCAGUGGGAUUUCUGGCCAUCUUGUAUCUACAUUCGACAGCAGUCUGCAUGCAAUCGAUUCGCAAACAUCCGAACUCAGCCGCGAGCUUGAGAAUGGCAGACUCUUACGUUUGAUGGCCAAGCUUGGAGCAAUCAACGAGAGGCCUGAAUAUGAAGGAGAUAGGAACUGGAGCGAGAAUGGCGAGCGAUACAUGCUCAAAUUAUUCAGAGAUUAUGUCUUCCAUCAAGUAGACGCUGAUGGUCGCCCGGUGUUAGAUCUGGCGCAUAUUCUCCGAUGCUUGAAUAAGCUAGAUGCUGGCAUCGAUGAGAAGGUUUGCCUGACCAGCAGAGAUGAGCAGACUUCCUUCGUGGUUACGUAUCGGGAAUUGAAGAAGCAGGUGACUGCCGCCUUUGCGGAGUUGCAAAAGCCUGCCAAGGGUAGAUACUGAAGGGUUGGAUAUUGAUGGUAGUGAUGGCGGUGAUGGUACUUGCAAUUAAUCAUGAUGUAUGGUACGCCCUGCAGAAUAAUGGCGAGGACAUAGGUUGAAUAUGGAAUAAGAAGCGGUAGAUACGAGAUUCAUUUGCGAUGUGUAGAGUAGACAGAAAUACAAUAAAACACUGAUAAAACCCCACCGCUCUUCUGUUUGUGCGCGUCAGUGAGACUUGAAUCCUUUUCUACUGCCUUUUUGGUAUUAUGAUAUCUGGCUACUCAUUCUAGCCGUUCUGUCCAGCCGUCUGCCAGAUGUGCAGUUCCAUAUGCCAUCACGUAGUAUCAAGUGCAUCCCGGCAAUGAUAGCCCGCGGCUGAU